UGAAUGUUGACAAGAGAAAGGACCAAUUAAAAUUGACCACACUGUUUGGGGUUCAAAGCUCGAUUUUCCUGGCCUAUGUAUAGGUAACCUAGCAAUACCAAAUAAUGUGACCAUAGCCAAUAGAUCCUGGCAGAUGAAGAUACGCAUGUUGCUGCUUGGUUGCAAAGCCAAUCUGCUUGCUAAAAAUACAGCAAUGAAACACUGGUGAAGUGGAUAUCGUAUUCGAAAUCAUGAAGCCCCAUCCGCACACACAAAAUACGGAAAGCGAUUUGUCACCUGCUGUUAAACCAUUUGUAUCUAAUACACUGAAGGAAACGGGACCAACGCCCUCCAGAGAAGCUGCAGCUCCUUUUAGCUUUACACUACCAAAUCCUUAUGUGCAGGAGCAGUGUAAAAGAAGAGCACAACUUUGGAAUCCUAGGAACCAGUCCUCCUCAGGGAAGUGCUCCUUGCAGACUUCUGAGCGGAAAUCCAUAACCAGGGACAGUCAGUGGAGUGAUACAUCUACCAAGCAUGGCUACAGCAAUGCACGGCAGUAUAGAGGGGAAAUGGAAGCCCUAUCAGAUCCAGCGAUGGAAAGCUCAUCACAUGAAAAGCACAGAAAGGUCUUUUCACAAUAUGCUUCUGCAUCAAGACCAAGUACUGACCCAGUCUCUCAGUGUAAAACAUUGACAAGGGAACCACUGGAAGUAACAAAAAAUGAAGGUAGCAGAGCAUCCAGAUCUGCAGUGAAGUCCGCAGAGAGAACCAUAGCCUGGCAAGGAGAUGUUGACGCAUUUGAAGUGAAACUGUCCGAUUUCCCAGAACUCAGUUUACUUGCGUCUUGCAAGUCCACGUUUCCUGUCCCGCAGGAGCCUCUGAACCCCCACCCAGCCCAUUGUCAGGCUUCACCACCCCACAGUAAGAAUGAAUUAUCUUUGAAAGGACAAACCGGCUCCUUUCAGAGCGGUCCUGCAGGGGAAACUGAGGACAUUCCGUCAGUGUCUACUCAAGGCCUUCCUUUAGAGCCAGUUUUGCCCAGCUCUGGACUGCCAGCAGCAUCCUGGGCCAGCAUUGCCUCCCAGCACCCGAGGCAAACUAUCCCUGGGAAGACCAGCACUGCCAGUCCCACAACUUCUUCCCAGAAUGAGGUCAAUGGAGAAUUGGGAAUGGAGCAAGUCUCUGAGAAGAAAAGGAAAAAGAAGAAGAAGAAGAAAUCUAAACAACUGAAUGAUUAUGCAGAGGUAGAGACUUGUGCUGCCCCAGUCAUUGGUCAGGAGCCACCAAAGUUUCAGGAUGAAGAGGAAUUUCCAGAAUUGGCCCUUUCAUCUGUCAGUUUCGCCAAAAGGAUGAGUCCUGCAGCUGCCCUCUUCUCUUACAGCCACAUGGCAAAGACUCACACAGAGUUACAGAACAAGAAAGAUUCUAUGUCACCAGGAGAUUUAACUUCCUUGCCACUAGAAAAUCAGAAAAGCAGGACUCCCGUGGGAAAGCCGCCUCUACCAGAGACUAAGAAUGGACAGAAAGCUGAGAAAACAAGUGGCAAGAAAAGCAAGGUCCCUGUACAGCUUGACCUGGGGAACAUGUUUGCUGUUCUGGAACAGAAGCAACAGUCCCAGAAAUCCAAUCGGGACCCUAAACCAAUUAUUCUCUCUGUUGGAGGGGCAAUACCUGUAGUGCACAAAGACUCCUCUAGUCAGAAGAAGAACUCCCGGAACCUGGAUAAGGUAGCUCACAAUCCCUUGGACUCCACAUGUCCUCUGGUGAAGAAGGGCAAGCAGCGUGAGGUUCCGAAACCAAAAAAACCCACACCCCUUAAAAAAAUUAUUUUAAAGGAGAGAGAGGAAAGGAAGCAGACUCGCUUGCUGGAAGAGAUGGGAUUGGUGCCUCCAACCAGCAGGCCCUCCAGUGAUCCAAGUUACACAGACAAAAGGACUACUGUCAUCCCUCAAACACAGGACAACGCUGAGCCUGAGCCGGAUGAAUCUGGUCAGGUGGAAAGUGAUACAGAGGACACUACAGAGGAGAUGACCCCCCUAAAAACCUGUUCCUCCAGUUGUCCCAAAAUCCACAGCAGGAAAUUCAGAGACUACUGCAGCCAGAUGCUGAGCAAGGAUGUAGAUGAGUGUGUGACCACCCUGCUGAAGGAGCUGGUCCGCUUCCAGGACCGCCUGUAUCAGAAGGACCCCAUGAAGGCCCGAAUGAAGCGACGGCUGGUUAUGGGCCUGAGGGAGGUUCUAAAACAUCUCAAACUGAGGAAGGUCAAGUGUGUCAUCAUCUCUCCAAACUGUGAGCGCAUCCAGUCCAAAGGUGGUUUGGAUGAAGCUCUGCAUACCAUCAUUGAAAUAUGUCAUGAGCAGAGUGUGCCUUUUGUGUUCGCCCUCUCCCGCAAGGCCCUGGGACGCUGUGUCAACAAGGCGGUGCCUGUUAGCUUAGUUGGCAUCUUCAAUUAUGAUGGAGCACAGGACCAUUAUCACAAAAUGAUUGAGCUGUCAUCCCAAGCUAGGAAGGCUUAUGAAAUGAUGAUUGCAAAUGUGGAGAAGUCAUUGCAAGACCAGCAGGAAAAUCAUGCUGAUGAACAGAAUAGUCACUCAACUGUUGACUCAACCGAAUCCGAGGAGCCAGAAUACAUAAAGAUCUGGAAGGAGAUGCUUGAAAAGGAGUGUAAUCAUCAGUUUUUAAACUUUGAGGAGCAGUUGGCCACAGAUACUAUGUCCAAUGACAUGAGACCUCAAGUGGAUGAAGACGAGAGAAUUUGAUGAAGAAUGAAGUGUGUAAUAAGUGGAUUAAAAUGUGUCUUGAAUGAAAUGGGGUGCACUACCUGAAGUGAUUGCACAUUAUGGCAUUACUAACCUGAAAUUUGUUUUCUUUUUUCCCAUCUUGUUCAUUCUCUUUGUUUCAUUCUCUAGCAUGAGGAUGAAUGGUGAACCAAAGACAAGUUGUGAAAAUUAUCCAAAAGUAAAUAAGGCCAUGCGGCUCAAAUUUAGUUUCAAACAUGCUGAGACCAAACCAGUUGUCUGGAAAGUAGAACCUGGGACCAGAUUCAGUAGUUCUCAGAUUGUCAGUCAUGCAGAUUUUGUGUUUAGCAUGAGUUUAAAUAUACCCAUUAGUUGUUCAGUAAUUGCUUUUGCACUUAAACCACUAAUGUAGCUAUAUAGUUAACGAAAUUCCUUUUAGUCGUGAACUGAAUCUUUGACUUGUUUUAUAGACUGCAGUCAACCUGAAGGUCAUAAUACAACCAUCUAGUACCCAGUAAUUGUAAUUUGAUUAUGGGGCCAGAUUAAACAACUUAAAGGAAAACAAAGUAGUUGAUUCUACAAGAAAACUACAGCACCCUUCACUAAUUUUACAUUGUACUAUAAUGAUAAUUAUGUAUGUCUGUUCAUCCUUGAUUACCAUUGACUAUUUUGUGCACCAAUAAAGCUGAUAGAUGUAUUUUAGUUAUCCUUUUAGGCAUCUGAGGCACAUGCAUUUCUGAGCAACUUGUCUAUUGGAGAUCUGUUGAUCUAAUUUAUCCGUAAUUGUUGAAAAAAAAUUACAUUUUUGCAAACCUGAUCAUGAUUAUUCUUGGAGUUUGCCUGACUAAAAACAGACAAGAGAAUACCAUUUAAUAAGCAAGUGAUACCAUUUUGUCAAGUUUAUAUAAUAGAUUACACAGUUUCAAUAAAAUGGUGCAGGUGGUAAGUGAAGCCCUUAAGGGGCACUCUGUUCUUUUUUUUUUUAUUUGAUACUGUAUUGUAGCCUAGAGUCAAAUCUCCUCACCCUCAUCCCACCCUAGUGUAACUGCGAUUAUGGCAACUUCAGAAGCGCUGUUGUAAGUCAGUGGGAGAAACCAAACUCUUGUAGAUAUGACUGAAGAAUUACGUGGAUGAGUAAGGGUUUAAUAUAAGCUUUUUCAAAGAAGUGUCCGCAUGACUCACAGAAUAUAUCAUCAGGUUGAAGAAUAACAUGCCUCUGUAGGAAGGACCUAUAGCAAAAGUUACCAGUUACCAGGUCAAUAGAUUCACCACUCUCUUAGGAAAGCCAAAAUCAUGUUUUCAGUUCUCAGACAAUCAUGGAACUGAACAUCUGUCUUAUAGCACUGCAAUACUUCACAAAUCAUACUUUAUUGAAUAUCAUACUCAAUUACUGAACAAGUAGACAAUUACUAAAUUUGCUCUUUAAUCUGCAUUUUCCAUCUUUAACUGAAGUUAUGUAUGACAAAAAGCACAGUCCGAAGGUGUUGGCAGAAGUUAAAAGGAAUAUGUUGGGCUUCAAAGUUUGAAUCAUUUGAAAUGAACAUAUCAACCUUGUUCAGCCUUGAAUUUCUUUUGUCUAGAAAAUGCCUCUUCCAGCAAUUAUUGCUUUUAUUGUAG